UGCGGUUGCUGGACAAGUUCGCCGACAUCUUCGAGUCACCUACCGGUGUGGUGCCGGAUCGGCCGAUCUCUCACGAGAUCAUUCUUGAGGCCGGCGCCGUGCCGCCGAAAGGUUGCAUCUAUCAGAUGAGCGAGGAGGAGCUUGAGGUCCUCUGCGCACAACUCGACGACGUGUUGGCCAAGGGCUGGAUCCGCCCUUGUAGCUCCCCAUAUGGAGCACCUGUUCUCUUCGUCCGGAAGAAGAACAAGGAUCUACGAUUGUGUAUCGACUACCACAAGCUCAACGCACAAACCGUCAAGAAUGCGGGGCCUCUUCCUUGCAUCGACGAUCUUCUUGAGCGAUUGGGCGGCACAAAGAAUUUUUCUAAGUUGGAUUUGAAAUCGGGAUAUCAUCAAAUCUCGAUCCUGUCGAAUGAUCGCUACAAAUCUGCGUUCAAGACGCGGUACGGGCAUUUUGAGUGGGUGGUCAUGCCUUUUGGCCUCACCAACACCCCGACGACCUUUCAAGCAGCAAUGACCGAUGAGUUCCAUGCAAUGUUGGACCAGUUCGUGCUCGUCUACUUAGACGAUAUUCUCGUCUAUAGCCAGACAUUGGAGGAUCAUCUUGGGCAUCUUCGACGAGUGUUGGAGACGCUCUGCCGCGCCAAGUACAAGGCCAACCACGACAAGUGCGAAUUUGUCCGGCAAGAGUUGGAAUACUUGGGCCAUUUUAUCACACCGGAGGGCAUCAGUCCGCUAUCGGACAAGAUUCAAGCCACCCAAGAGUGGCCGGAGCCUCGGAACGUCACGGAUGUCCGUUCGUUCCUUGGCCUCGCCGGCUACUAUCAGCGUUUCAUCAAAGGCUACUCGAAGAUUUCGGCCCACUUGACCAAGCUUCGAUGCGAGGAUCGGCCGUUUGACUUCGAAAAGGAAGCGUGGGAAUCACUCUUGGCUCUCAAAGCCACUCUAUUAUCUGCGGAGGUCUUGCGCAUAUACGACCCGCUUUUGCCUACGUGCGUCACAACGGAUGCAUCCGGCUAUGGCAUUGGUGCCGUCCUCGAGCAACACGAUGGCGUGGACUGGCACCCGGAAGCAGCUGAGCUAGAGGCUGCAACAGAUACCUCCAGAAGGGAGUACCUGUUGGAGCAGCUAAACAAGGUCCUAACAGAUGACCGCUGCUCCCAGGUGAAUAAGAACCUGGCGGAGUGGGCUCUUCUGGAGCACAAGGCCACCAACUCUUACUUCACUAACUGGGAUGACCGCAUCGGCCGCUUGGAGCGCAGGGUGGAUGACCUGGCACCUCAACAGUCCAAGAUUCUGAAAGCAAUUCAGGAUCUGACUGCUCAGCUGUCAACAGCCAAACUGAUUGCUCCUCAGUCUCCUGCCUCCCCAUUGAAACUCAAACCUUCUCCUUCUCCUCCUUCAACACCCCCUAGUUCAUGUCAUUCUUCCCUUUCACCACCUCCUUCCCAAAAGGCCACAGCCAAACCCACCUAUGCGUCUGUUGCUGCAGGGGAUCAAAGAGGUCCCAAGAUCCCUGCCCCCAACAAAUUCAGAGGGGAUGACCCCAAGACUGAUGUUGGGGACUGGGCUGCUGGGACCAAAGCCUACUUGAGGGGCUUUGUCUGUGCAGAGCAGACCAAGGUGGCCACGAUUCUGGGACUGCUGGAGGGACCCGCUCUGAAGUGGGCCACUUCAACUUCCAGCAGUCAGCAGCAGUCUAUGGAGGACUGGGUUUUUGGGCUGGGGGUGGACAAACUUCUGCAAGCCCUAGAGGACCACUUUGUAGACAAGGAGCGAGCCCGCAAAGCUGCUGGCAAGAUUGCUCGCUUGGGGCAGCAACGUUACAGUGGUACCCUGCAAUCCUUGUUUGCAGAGUUCGAGCAGCUCACCUCUACCCCUGGGUUGGUCAUGUCCACUUAUGAUUUGCUGACCAACUUCUGCAGGGCAGCGCCUGAGAAGUUUGAUGUUGCACUGUACAACGCAGGGCACAAGGACUGGAGAUCCUUUGGCCGUGCAGUCCCGGACAUGGAGGCAAACCUUCAUGUCCAGGCCCCCUCCUCUAAUAGGAGGAAAGGUGCCUUCCCUCGUGGUGGUAGAAAGGGAAAGGCAUCCUUUGCGCAUGCAGGGUCUGCAUCAGCUUCUGAUUCAGACUCCCAAUCUGAUACACCAUCAGCUGGGACUGGAUCAGCUGCUGAGACAGAUGUUGCAGCGGCCCUGACUCAGGCUGUUCUGGGAGUUCUGCAACAGCAGAAAAGAUUUUCCCCCACCACAGCCUCAGCUAGUGCAAAGGCGAAGGACCAGGGACGUCGGCCUUCCUCCUCCCAGCGCCCUAAUCUGCCCAGAGACGAGCCCUUUGGACUACCCAACCGGCCAACCAAGCAUCACAUCGAGCUACUACCUGGAGCAGUCCCUCCUAAGGGACGAGUCUACAGGAUGUCCCUUGCUGAGCUCGAGGAGCUCAGAAAGCAGCUUGAGACCCUUACCAGCAAAGGUUGGAUCAGACCCAACACUUCUGAAUUUGACGCACCGGUUCUCUUUGUGCCCAAAGGGAACGGCGAGUUCAGAAUGUGCAUUGACUAUAGGGGUCUCAACAAGAUCACUAGGAAGAGUACAAAGCCACUUCCUAGGAUCGAUGACAUUUUGGAUAUGGUGCAGGGCUGCACAGUGUUCAACAAAGUCGAUCUCAAAUCUGGGUACCACCAGAUUGAGAUGGCAGAGGAGGAUGUCUACACGACAGCCUUCAAGACCAGUCGUUACGUGACAGCCAGUAUAAGAUUAACAGAGAAGUCCUCUUUUGGAGUUCCCUCUGUAAUCUAUCUGGACCAUGUAAUCUCUGGAGAUGGCCUGGCUCCUGAAGCAGCCAAGAUAGCUGCUAUUCAGGAGUGGCCACAGCCACAGACAGUGAGGGAUGUUAAGUCCUUCAUGGGUUUAGCCUCAUACUAUAGAAAGUUUGACAGGAACAAUUCUGCAGUGGCUGCACCCCUCACCAACCUAACAAAGAAAGACACUCCAUUUCUUUGGUCCCUUCCCUGUCAGUUGGCCUUCACACGACUAAAGAAGGCCUUGACUCGUGCACCUGUGCUGAAGUUGUCUAACCCCACUCUGCCAUUCAUCCUGACCACUGACGCCAGUCAGUAUGGCAUUGGGGCAGUUCUUCAGCAGGAUGAUGGGAAUGGUCUACGACAUGUAGAGUUCAUGAGUAAGAAGAUCAAGACUCAAAAGCUUCAGGAUUCUACCUACGAGAAAGAGUUGUACGCUCUUGUCUGUGCCCUGAAACAUUGGAAGCACUUUCUCCUGGGAAGACACUUUAAGAUCUUCUCAGAUCACUCCACCUUACAGUGGAUGAAGUCCCAGGGAGAGUUGAAUGAUAAACUGGCACGCUACAUUCAGUUCAUAGACAUGUUUGACUUUGAACUGAAACACAAGAAGGGCUGCUACAACAAAGUAGCAGAUGCCCUCUCUCGUAGGCCUGACUCUUUUGCAUUGAUCUCCUCCGCUCACUCCUUUGGAGAGGAGACCUGUCAGACCAUUGCUCGUCUUCUGCCUCAGGACCCAACUUUUGGGCCCAUAGUGAGGAAUCUACAAGCGGAUCCCAAUGUUGAACCCGGCUAUGCCCUGAGUUCAGACUUGCUGUACACCUACAACUGAGGUGAGGAACGCUUGUGCAUUCCCCAGGGUCCGCGGCUCAAGACACUAC